AUAUUUUCCUGAUUAUAAUUAUUUAAUGUGAUAAACUCUUACAAAUAUAAUGUCUGGAGUUUAAAUAUUUUUAAAGGAAAUCAAAUACUUCAUCAGCAAACUUUUCCGACAGGGUACAUAUUUUCUUAAAUAUACGCUCCAAGAUACCAUGUACUUGUAUUAAUGUGUGUAAUUAUCUUAAGCGCGCAUCAUAACAUCUUGAACUUAUGAAUAGCGCCUCGUGUCCAUGCAUUUCUUAAUAAACAGUAAAUAAAACAAAUAGGGAAACGCUAAUUUCGGGCACUACCGAACAAUUUAUGUCCUCGUUUGUUAAGUAAAUGAAACAAAUAGGGAAGCGCUAAUUUCGGGCACAACCAAAAAAUGUAUGUCCUGACUCGUUAGUGGCUUACACUUAUACUAUGUGUAAAUAAAACAAACAUGUCUGCGAUAUUUUAUUGUUCGAAAGGCUAUGAAAAUAUCGUUUUAUAAAAGGUCAUUCGUAUAUAUCGGCUCCUAAAACAAUUGGGUUUACAACAACAACAUCAACGGAUACUUUACAUUAUAUAUCCUUUUCAAGGUAUCAGCUAUGACUUGAAAUCGGAUUUUCUUCGGCUUAUUCUAGCCUGAAAUCUUCUAUAUGAAUUAAUGACUAUACUUAGACGUCUACAUCUUUCUCAAUGAUGUUAUUGCAAAUAGCAGUUACUCAAAUUUAAAAUGAACCUGCACACCUAACACAUUCCUUUAUUAAAAAUGUCUUAUGCUAAAUGCUUUUUAGAAGUAACAUUGAACUCAUGAAUAUAACGUAAUACCUAAAUAAUGAUGUAAAUACGUUUUAUAUUUGUAUAUAACACACCUCAGAUUACUUUACUACAUGAACAAUGUAUACAGAGUUAAUUUCUUGUUAAUAAGCAAAGUCGUGUUGCUAUCACAAACUGUUUCGGAAAGUUUUAGGCAUUUAGAUUACCCAUACGCUUCGAGUUUCAGCACUAAGAAACUACCGAUAUAUUGAAGUACACCUCGAACGGAGUCGUCUAACUGUUUCGUAUUUACUAAAUAACACUCUAAGCGACCGGUGGUGAUAUCGCAAAGCGUCGUGUAAUAUACACAAAAAUAGAGUAUAUAUACAUUUGCAGGAAUAUAGCAGAAUAUUGAAAUAUUGCCGCAAUCGUUAACAACAAUUAAAUACGUUUUUUUUUGUUUAUUUUUUUCUUAGUGUCUUGUAAUUAUGGCAAGAACAGACGAUGGCUUAUAUGAACAAGAUUUUCCCAAUAUUCGUUCAACAAUUUUGAAUAGCAGUAAAAAGCUAUGUCGACCGGCGAUACUAACAAAUAAGCUGCCCAUACUAAAAUGGCUACCUAGAUAUCAGGCUUCCUUUAUAUUUCGCGAUGCUAUUGCCGGUUUCACAGUCGGUCUCACAACUAUUCCGCAAGCGAUUGCUUAUGGCGUGGUCGCUGGCUUGCAGCCUCAAUACGGGCUUUAUGCGGCCUUUAUGGGCUGUUUCACUUAUAUCAUUUUUGGUUCUUGCAAGGACGUAACUAUCGCCACCACAGCAAUUAUGGCUCUAAUGGUACAUGAUUAUGCAAUAAUUACACCGGAUUUCGCCGUUUUGAUAUCAUUUGUGACGGGCUGCACGAUAUUGGUGCUGGGCAUACUUAAUCUCGGCGUGCUGGUGCGAUUUAUUUCGAUGCCGGUUAUUAUGGGAUUCACCAUGGCUGCGGCGUGUACAAUUGGUAGUGCGCAGAUUAACAAUCUCUUCGGAAUAAAAAGUCCGUCCAAUAACCUCAUUCCGUCUUGGAAACACUUUUUUACGCACCUCCCAAAUGCACGUUUGAACGACUCAUUACUUGGCGUCGGCAGCCUUAUAUUUUUACUCUUGAUGAAGCAAGUGAAAAAUAUACCGUAUGGCAACAAGACAUUUUGGAAAUAUAUUUCUUUGUCUCGCAACGCCUUGGUGGUAAUAUUCGGUACAUUUUUGGCAUAUCAAUUAAGUCGUGAUGGCUCCGAACCCUUCGUAAUCACCGGGAAUAUUACAGCAGGCUUGCCACCGUUCCGUGUACCACCGUUUAGCACAAUCGUCGAUGGAAAGGAGGUGACUUUCUCGGAAAUGAUUAGCACGUACGGUUCCACAUUGGCAUCGAUACCUUUAGUGUCAAUACUAGAAAUUGUAGCAAUAGCUAAGGCAUUCUCUAAGGGUAAAAUUGUCAACGCAUCUCAAGAGAUGGUAGCUCUCGGCAUGUGCAAUAUUAUGGGAAGUUUUGUAUCAUCUAUGCCGGUGACAGGUUCGUUUACCAGAACAGCUGUAAACAAUGCGAGUGGCGUUAAAACGCCAUUGGGCGGUGCCGUCACUGGUGCAAUGGUAUUGUUGGCGCUGGCUUUUCUAACACAAACUUUCUACUUCAUUCCAAAAGCAACUUUAGCGUCAGUUAUUAUAGCCGCCAUGAUAUCGCUGGUGGAACUCGAGCGACUUGCCGAGAUAUGGAAAUCCAAAAGAAUGGACCUCUUUCCAUUUGCUGUUACCUAUGUCACCUGUUUAUUUUGGAGUUUGGAAUACGGCAUUAUUUGUGGCGUAGUGGUGAAUAUCUCAUUUAUACUAUAUACAAGUGCCAGACCACAAAUUCAUUUAGAAAAGAAAAAGGUUAGCAAUUACGAAAUAUGUUUUGUGGAUGUUAAGCAGAGAUUAGAUUUCGCGUCUGCGGAGUAUCUAAAAGAAAGAAUUGUAAAAUUUAUGAACGGUAAUCGCUACGAUGUUAAUCUCAUUGUUAUAAAAGGAGAAGAAAUUAAUUCCAUUGAUUACACUGUUGCUUUGAACAUCAUGUCACUUAAGGAAGAUCUUGAGGUGCUCAGUUGUGAUCUUGUGUGUUGGAAUUGGAACAUUCGUGCCGCUGGAGUUGUUUGCAGGUUAAAUGGCGAUUUAUAUAGCUUAUUUAAAAACGACCAUAGCAUCGAGGAGGUGGUGAAUAACCAUUAUUUAACUCUACAAAGGAAAAAUGAGAGCUCAAUCGAUACUGUGUGCACAAGUACUUCAUAGAUUUGUUUAAUUUUACGCGUACUUAGCUGGUGCAAUUAAGUAAAAUUAGUAUUUGUUUAAAGUAUGUUUAAAUAUAUAUAUAUACUUAUAUAAUAGCUACUAAAAUGCAAAGGCCAAGUAUCAUAAACAAACUUAACACUGAUAUCAACACGACGCUUGUUAAAACGAUAAUAAUUAUUGAUUAAAAGAAUGGCAAUAUAAAAAUUCGGUUAUCUAUAUUCAUGCUCCUGUAUAAAAGUAUAUAGUUUUAAUAAAAUGAAAAAUUUCCUUAAUUUAAA